GCUCCCGGCCCCCGGCGCUCCACGCCGCCGCGGCCAGCCCGGCGAGUGCUGUCCAGGAUGGGCAAGAAGGGCAGAAAGGAGAAGAAGGGCCGCGGGGCGGAGAAGACGGCCGCCAAGAUGGAGAAGAAGGUGUCCAAGCGCUCGCGGAAGGAGGAGGAGGACUUGGGGGCGCUCAUCGCCCACUUCCAGACCCUGGAUGCUGGGAAGACGAAGGUGGUGGAAACACCCUGCUCCCCGCCUUCUCCCAGGUUAAAUGCCUCCUUCUCCGCUCAUCCCGAGAAAGAUGAAUUAAUCCUUUUCGGAGGUGAAUAUUUCAAUGGCCAAAAAACCUUUGUGUAUAACGAGCUCUACGUGUACAGCAUCAGGAAGGACGCCUGGACCAAAGUGGAAACCCCCAACCCACCCCCGAGGCGCUGUGCCCACCAGGCUGUGGCGGUGCCUCAGGGCGGCGGGCAGCUGUGGGUCUUCGGAGGGGAGUUUGCGUCUCCCGAUGGAGAGCAGUUUUAUCACUACAAGGACCUGUGGGUGCUGCACCUGGCCACGAAGACCUGGGAGCAAGUCAGGUCCGCAGGGGGCCCCUCAGGCCGGAGUGGACACCGCAUGGUCGCCUGGAAGAGACAGCUCAUCGUCUUCGGGGGCUUCCACGAAAGCACCAGGGAUUACAUCUACUACAACGACGUCUACACCUUCAGCCUGGACACGCUCCGGUGGAGCAAGCUGGCCCCCGUGGGGACCGGGCCCUCGCCCCGAUCCGGCAGCCAGAUGUCCGUCACGCCGCAGGGCGGCAUCCUCGUCUACGGGGGCUACUCGAAGCAGAGAGUCAAGAAAGACGUGGACAGAGGCACCCAGCACGCAGACAUGUUCCUGCUGACGUCGGAGGGUGAAGGCAGGUGGGCGUGGGCGCGGCUCAGCCCGUCCGGCGUCAAGCCCACCCCACGGUCUGGCUUCUCUGUGGCCGUCACCCCAAGCCAUCAGACACUGCUCUUCGGUGGCGUGCGUGACGAGGAGGAGGAGGAGAGCCUGGAGGGCGACUUCUUCAACGACCUGCACUUCUACGACGCCAUCAGGAACCGCUGGUUCGCGGGGCAGCUGAAGGGGCCCAAGUCGGAGCAGAGGAAGCGCCGGCGGGCCCGGAGAGCAGAAGAGCCUGGGGGCGCCGACGCCCAGGCCGCGGUGGCAGCCUGCAGCCAGCAGCCCCUGGAGGUGGUGAAAGAGGUCGUGGCGGAGGACGGGACCGUGGUCACCAUUAAGCAGGUGAUCGCAGCCCCGGGCACCGCUGCACGGCCACCGUCUGAGGAGGAGGAGGACAGCCCCGAGGAGGCGGGCGGCCCCCCGACGGAGCCCAGCCCCCGCUCCAACGCCAUGCUGGCCGUCAAGCAGGGUCGGCUCUACCUGUACGGGGGCAUGUUUGAGACGGGGGACCGCCAGGUCACCCUCGGCGACCUGUACUGCCUGGACUUACACAAGAUGGAGGCGUGGACGGUGCUGGUGGAAAUGGACCCCGCGGCUCAGGAGUGGCUGGGGGAGACCGACUCGGAAGGGGACAGCGACGAGGCUGAGGGGGCCGAGGGCGGAGAGGACGACGAGGACGAGGACGACGAGGACGAGGACGAGGACGGCGGCAGCGAGGACGGCGGCCCGCAGGCUGCG